GAGAUCACUAGAGAUGGCAGAAGCCCACCAAGCGGUGGCCUUUCAGUUCACAGUCACUCCAGACGGGAUCGACCUGCGGCUGAGCCAUGAAGCCCUCAAGCAGAUCUAUCUGUCUGGACUUCAUUCCUGGAAAAAGAAGUUCAUCCGAUUCAAGAAUGGCAUCAUCACGGGCGUGUACCCGGCGAGCCCCUCCAGCUGGCUCAUCGUGGUCGUGGGGGUGAUGUCUACCAUGUAUGCCAAGGUCGACCCGUCGCUAGGGAUCAUUGCGAAGAUCAAUCGGACCCUUGACACCACCAGCUGCAUGUCCAGCCAGACGAAGAACGUGGUCAGCGGCGUCCUCUUCGGCACAGGGCUGUGGGUGGCCCUCAUCAUCGCCAUGCGCUACUCCCUGAAGCUGCUGCUCUCCUACCACGGCUGGGUGUUCCUGCAGCACGGCCGGACGAGCCGCGCCACCAGGCUCUGGAUGACUAUGGUCAAGAUCUUUUCAGGCCGGAAACCCAUGUUGUACAGCUUCCAGACGUCUCUGCCGCGCCUGCCUGUCCCAGCCGUCAAUUCCAUCCCGUUUCUUGGCACCUGGCGGUGCCGCCCACCGCCCCUUCCCCACUCUGCCACAUUGACGGCUCAUCUGUCUUGUCUCGGCAGCAGCUGCAUGUCCAGCCAGACGAAGAACGUGGUCAGCGGCGUCCUCUUCGGCACAGGGCUGUGGGUGGCCCUCAUCAUCGCCAUGCGCUACUCCCUGAAGCUGCUGCUCUCCUACCACGGCUGGGUGUUCCUGCAGCACGGCCGGACGAGCCGCGCCACCAGGCUCUGGAUGACUAUGGUCAAGAUCUUUUCAGGCCGGAAACCCAUGUUGUACAGCUUCCAGACGUCUCUGCCGCGCCUGCCUGUCCCAGCCGUCAAAGACACCGUGAACAGGUACCUGGAGUCGGUGAGGCCUCUGAUGAAGGAAGCUGACUUUAAGCGUAUGACGGCUCUGGCACAAGACUUCGCUGUCAACCUGGGGCCCAGACUGCAGUGGUACCUGAAGUUAAAGUCCUGGUGGGCCACAAACUACGUGAGUGACUGGUGGGAGGAAUACAUCUACCUCCAUGGACGAGGGCCGCUGAUGGUCAACAGCAACUACUAUGCCAUGGAUUUGCUGUAUGUCACACCGACCCACAUUCAGGCAGCAAGAGCGGGUAAUGCCAUCCAUGCCAUCCUGCUUUAUAGACGCCAGCUGGACCGAGAGGAAAUCAAACCAAUUCUACUUUUGGGAUCCACAAUUCCACUCUGCUCCGCUCAGUGGGAGCGGAUGUUCAACACCUGUCGGAUCCCAGGAGAGGAAACAGACACCAUCCAGCACCUCCGGGACAGCAAGCACAUCGCCGUGCUGCACAAGGGCCGCUACUUCAAGGUCUGGCUGUACCACGACGGCAGGCUGCUGAGGCCCCGGGAAAUCGAGCAGCAGAUGCAGAGGAUCUUGGACGAUCCGUCAGAGCCUCAGCCUGGGGAGGCGAAGCUGGCAGCCCUCACUGCAGGAGACAGGUGUGCAGCUGCUCUGCGGCAUCAGUUGUCUCGGGGGGCUUGGGGUCACCCAUGGUUCUCUUCCUCACCCAGAGGCCCAGCUGGGGAGGAGGCAUGCGUCUGCGGCCUGCAGUGGCACUGGGCGGGGCUCAAGCCUUGUCUCGCCUUUGUUCCGAGGGAGCAGGUCGCACCCCUGCCCAGCGGCUCACCUUGGCCACCCGUGCGUGACAGGCAGGCGCGUGUGUGCACAGGUACCAGGGCGCAUGAUGGACAGGAGGAGGUAGGCUUUAUCACAGGGCUCCACGCCUUUGGCAAAGGACUGAUCAAGAAAUGCCGGACGAGCCCGGAUGCUUUUGUCCAGCUCUCCCUGCAGCUGGCCCACUACAAGGACAUGGGCAAAUUUUGCCUCACAUACGAGGCCUCCAUGACCCGGCUCUUCCGUGAGGGGAGGACGGAGACAGUGCGUUCCUGUACCACUGAGUCGUGCAACUUCGUGCUGGCCAUGACGGACCCCAGCCAAACGGUUGAACAGAAGCUCAAAUUAUUCAAGAUCGCAUCUGAGAAUCAUCAGCAUCUGUACCGCCUUGCGAUGACUGGCUCUGGGAUCGACCGCCACCUCUUCUGCCUUUAUGUGGUAUCCAAAUAUCUCGCCGUCGAUUCCCCUUUCCUUAAGGAGGUGUUAUCUGAGCCUUGGAGAUUAUCGACCAGCCAAACCCCUCAGCAGCAGGUGGAGCUGUUCGAUUUGGAACGGAAUCCGGAGUAUGUGUCCAGCGGAGGGGGCUUUGGACCGGUCGCUGACGAUGGCUAUGGCGUGUCGUAUAUCCUUGUGGGAGAGGAUCUCAUCAACUUCCACAUCUCCUCCAAGCUCUCCAGCCCCGAGACAGAUUCUCAUCGCUUUGGGAAGCACCUGAAAGAGGCGAUGUGUGACAUCAUCACCUUGUUUGGGUUCAGCCCCAAUUCCAAAAAGUAACUCCAUUAUUGCUGCCGUGGAGGAGAAUGAGCCCUUCUGGCAAAACCCAAAUGAAAAAUAGCUACUCAUCCUGAUUGCAGACCAGGAGGAAAGACUGCUCUAAAACUCGGACAUUUCCUUCCAUCCAGGGUUUGGCGUUUUGUUUUUCUAGAACAGCAGGUUCUACCGUGUGAGGCAUGACCCUGCCAUUUCCAAGCAGGUCCUGACUUCGGACACAUCAGAUCAAGUCCCCCAAAAGUCUUUGCAUUGACUUGGGUUUGUUAUGGGAUUAAAAUAUUGUUGAGCUAAUUGGGGAAUUAGUAGGGUUGUGACUUCACACAUGGGAAAUGGAAGCAGCACGCUCCCUCAGUGACACCUGAACACCUGGUACUUACGGGCAUUUAAUUUUAUCACAGUAGUGUAAACACUUGUUUUCUUCAGAGAGAAAAGCGUUGUUCAAGUUAGAGAUGUUAGCAGUUAGUAGCUGGCACGCAGGUAAUGCACUAACUGAAGACGCCAUGCUUCUAAAAACAGUCUCUGUGCAGAACUGUCAUCGUCCAGUCAGUGGUCUGUGUUUGCCUCUUGUGUUUGAAGCAAGCCGUGUGCCACAUCUUUAGUCUUACUGACAUUGCAAGUCUUCAAACCCCAGUGCCUUAAAAUGGAAGGCCCUAAAUGUAAGUGAGAGUGGGUGAAAGAUUUAUUUUGUGAAGUCUUUAAGCGGAAUUGUGGGUGUCUCUCCCCCGUCUCAAUUUUUUGAGUGGAUAACCUUAAAUACGCAUGUUCCUGUGUUUCCCCCGCUCCCAGGAAGCCUGGUUCCCUCAUGAAGGCAGCUGUGCCAGAUCAUGUGUGUCAGAAACGGGGAACAAGGGGUAUGAGGUCAAUUAGUAUCUGGAGUAGCCACUGAAGAAUGAAAUAUAAUAUGUGCCUCGGAAUUCCUGCUUAUCCAUGACAGCCAGGAUAGCUGACAUGUGCUGCUGAGAAAAGAGAAAACUUGAGAACCUCAGAAUAGGAGAGUUCGGCACCAGGAUGCCAACAGGCUGCUUUCUAAUCCCACCUGGUGAGAGGGAAGGCGAGAUGCAGGCAGAUGCAGACAGACUGAAAUGUCACAAUGAUGAGCAUGAGGUUUAACAGCCUACCACUUAGAUGGGUGUGCAUCUAUCGAAAGUGUCUGUUUGACCAGAAAGCCAGUUAUGCACUGAGUCAUCUUCAGUAUUUAAAGUAAGCCUAAAGGAUCAUGGAAUGAAAUACUCACUGCUUCUGGGCGGUAAUGACAAGCUUAGCUCUCCGUUUUUAGAAUCGUGUAUAUAGCUCUCUGACCACUUUGUUCUGAUUGGGUUGCCUCCCUGACUUCUGCGCUCCAGUGACGGGGCGACGGGGCUGAGCUGCAGGAGCGGGGCACUUGCCACAGGGCGCAGGCAGAUUUCAUUUCUGUAUCUGUUGUAAUGGAAAAAUCCCACCUACAUGGGCCAAAGAUUUUUUUUCCCCUCUUAAAAGCAGGAAGAAAUGAAAAUGGACAGGAAAGCAAAGAUGAAAAUCAACAACUACAGUAACAACCUCCCUCCCACUCCCCGUUCAUCUGUGGAACAUAGUCAAGGUGGUGUGGAGGGAGUAGCCCUCAGUGCCCCAGGCUGGCAUGACUCCCAAUCAAACCGGCAUCGAUCACCAUCAAGCCACCUAAAUCCUGCACUGUCGCCCACUGACCACUCUGUUACCUAGCAUUCAUACGUGAAUUUGAAUGUACACGUGUUAGCACACACAUUUGGGCUUGUCUCUCAGGUUUUAAAUCUUUCAAAAGUAAUUGUUGCUAAUCAGUGCAGUUAUCAAUGCAAUUUUAUAUUCCUCAAAAGAAGAAAGAGUGGGUUUUUGUUGUACAUGUUAAAAAGAAAAGGUAAGAGUAUUGUGUAUUUAAUUUAAUUGCGAACAAGUCCUAGUCUUAACAGAGCUGUGGUUUGAAUUUGUUCUCUUGGACUUCCAUGGCAUGUAAAUACAAUAUGCUCUUUGGAUGUAAGUCUUAGAAAUGCAGUAUGAAUGUUAUCAUUAAUAAACACAUUAAUCCCAGUCUA